AUGGCACCAUCUCCACCCAAGCGCCCUCGUAGAAAGUGCCGGGCGCCCAAAGGGAACUUGCCGGGGCGUCUCAGGAAGAGCAGAGAGCCCACAGCCGCCUCGGUACCUUCAGAGAGCAGAGGCGGCGGCGGCGGCGGCGGCAGCGGCAGCGGCGGCGACAAGUCACUGGGGCACGCGGCCGUCGCCCCCGGCCCAGGGGAAAUGCAGACGGCACCCCCAGGGAGCUCCAGCCCGUGCCCCCCCGCCCUGGCACGGUCAGAAGACGCCCACGAGAAGGGGGGCAAGGGAAGGCAGGACACCUCGAGAGGCUGGACCUGGCCUCGCCCAGCCCAGGAGGAGGGUGCUGGGGCCAGAGGCGGAGGCGGCCCGCCCAGACCCAAGGCUCUGAAGGAGGCGGCGCGGGGCCUCUGCCCAGAGACCCCGGCUGUCUCCCGUGGGCGUCCUAGCUCUGCUGGGAAAGGCCAGGCCGCCGGGGCCAGCGCCCGGGAUCCAGGCUUGGAGGGUGCGGCAGCACCCUCCGGGGCCCCUAACACCAGGCGGCCUUCCUCCGUGCGUCGGGCCAGCAGGAAGAGGAAGCGGCAGGCAGCAGAGGGCGGGGAAGCGCGGCGAGACCCUCCAAGCUCGCUCGCCUCCAAGGCUGGCAGCGCCCCCGGCGCCGGAGAGCAGGGCGUGGGCCGGGGAGCGGGCCGGCCGGCCGGCAGGGCUCUGCCGCCCGAGCCGUGUGCCAUUGAAAGAGGGACGAUGGUCUGGUUCAAGUUUCAAAACCACCCGUUCUGGCCAGCCGUGGUGAAGAGCGUCAGCCCGGCAGAGCAGACCGCCAGGGUGCUUUUGAUCGAGGCCGACAUGCCCCGGGAGAGCAGCGGCAUCCGCGUCCCUCUGCGGAGGCUGAAGCACCUGGACUGUGCAGGGCGAGAGAAGCUGCUGGAGCGAGCCCGGAAGGUGUACGGGCAGGGCGUGAACUGGUGCUUCUCCCUGAUCUGCCACUACCGAGACGGGCUGGGCCGCGGCUCCUUUGCGGGCUCCUUCCUGGACUACUUCGCCGCCGACUGCAGCUACCCGCUGAGGAGAGCCAUCCAGGAGGGCCCCCUGCGCGUGGACUUCCCGAAGGUGAACUACGCCGACCUGGAGGAUUCCGAGGACGAGGCCGCCCUGGGCGGGAGGAAGAUCCUCCCGGACCGCAUGCGGGCUGCCCGCGACCGAGCCAACCAGAAGCUGGUGGACUUCAUCGUGAGGAGGAAGGGGGCCGACCCCCAUCUCCUGGACAUCGUCAAAGGCAGGAAACGCUCCAGGUGGCUGGCAUCGUUUCUCAGGUCGGGCAGGUACGUGAUCUGCGUGGAGACCUACCUGGAGGACGACGAUCAGCUGGACGUCGUGGUGAGACACCUGCAAGACAUCUACCGGGAGAUAGACAGGAACGUGCUGGCUCUGACCCGGGACGACAAGGUGAGCUUCGUCCUGGAGGUCCUUCUGCCCGAAGCAAUCAUCUGCUCCAUCGCCGCCCUGGACGGACUGGACUACAAGCAGGCGGAGCAAAAGUACCUGCAGGGGCCCCCCGUGCGUUACCGGGAGAAGGAGCUCUUUGACCGCAAGGUCCUGAGGGAGCUCAGCAAGAGGUCCGCCAGGAGGCUCAGGGCUAAAUGA